CAAUCUUGUCGGUCAGGUUAUUUAUAUCACAAACUAGAUGGCUGCAAGGAUAUUAAUGAGUGUACAUGGCCACAAUGUGAUCCAUCCGCAAUAUGUCGCAACACAAUUGGGAGCUAUGAGUGUUACUGUGGUAAAGGGUUUAUCCGCAAUCCUGGGACCUCCAGCAUUGCAACAACUUGUAAAGAUGUGGAUGAGUGUGAGAAUGAAGAUGUGUGUGGCAAGAACGCAAUCUGCUAUAACUCCUUGGGGAGUUACCGCUGUAUCUGUCCGGCAGGAUUUCAGCCAGUGUCAGAACAAACACAAGGGACCUGUACAGUGCAACCUCUCAACUGUCCCAACCCAGAAAAGCCAAACAAUUCCACCCUUGAACAGCCAAACUGUGUGGGUGAUGAGUCUUGCCUCGUAAUGGAAUCAGCUCACCACUUACUUGAUAAAGUCUGUCAGAAUUUCAGCAUCACAGACGAUAUCCAGGCUAUCACAAACUUUACAAAUGGUCUCCUCAGUAGGAAUUCACGGCUACAGAACAUGACGACCACUCAACGGUUAAAUGUAGCAGCAACCAUCUUGGAUCUCUUAGAGAAUACGGCAAUGGCUGUUGCUUUGAAUUUGUCCAGAGGGGAAACAAAGUCAAUCUCAGAAGACUCUUUCGCUGGCAAGAUCCAGGUGUUUGGUAAUCAAAAUAUGCCAGGUGACUUGGCAAGAAUCGAGAUCCAGAAUAACACCAUGGAGAUAAACUGGAGAACGGUCAUGGGAGCAAAGAACUCUGACUUUGCUGCAGUCUCCUUCUUUGUAUUCAGCGACAUGGAAUCCAUUUUGAACAGCGAGAUCCAUAAAGAUGGCAUCAAGCAGUUGGAAGCAACUGAAGGAACAGGCUGGUUAAACUCCAAAGUGGUAACAGCCAGAAUCAGUAACAAAGCAGCCAGCCACAACCUGACAGAAAUGGUCAAUUUUACACUGAAACUCAACCAGGAUAUCAAAGAUCACGAGAAGGCCGACUGCGUUUAUUUAAAGAGAACAGAAGAGGGAAGUUUCUGGUCGUCUGAGGGCUGCUUCCUGAUUAGUUCCAAUGGAAGCAACGUAAUAUGCCAAUGUAACCAUCUGACGAGCUUUGCUAUUUUAAUGUCUCCAGUUGAGAUCGAGGAAGACUGGUCCUUGCUGCUGAUCUCCACUAUUGGGCUCGUAGUAUCCCUGCUGUGCCUUGCCGCCUCCAUUGUCGUGUUCACCAAGUGCCGCUCCAUCCAAAAGGCCAGCAUCAUCGUGUACAAACAUCUGAGUAUCAACCUCUUCCUAGCACAGCUCAUCUUCCUGACAGGAAUCCAUGUGACAAACAAGGUGGUGUGUGCCCUGGUUGCAGGAUGCCUACAUUACUUCUUUCUAACUGUCUUUGCCUGGACGUUCCUGGAUGCUUUGCAGGUUUUCAUUGUGUGCAGACACCUCACAGUCACAAGGUUUGCCCACUCAUACAUCAUCAGACGGAGAUACCUGUAUUCCUCUGGCUAUGCUGUGUCUGCACUGAUUGUAAUUAUAUCAGCAGCAAUCCGUCCCUAUGGCUACGGAUCAGAAAAAGACUGCUGGCUGAGCCUAGAGUGGGGCUUUCGAUGGAGUUUCCAAGGGCCAGUCUGCCUUGUGAUUGUGGUGAAUAUGGUGUUGUAUGUCUGGACACUCUGUUUACUGAGGCAUCAUUUGUCCACACGUGAUGUGAAUGUGUCAAAGAUUAAAGACACCACGACCCUGACUCUUAAGGCAACUGCACGUUUGUUUGUCCUGGGAUGCACUUGGAUCUUUGGGAUAUUUAAUAUCAACAAGAGCACCUUCUUCCUCUCCUACAUAUUCACUGUCAUCAACACUCUCCAGGGCCUCUUUAUUUUCGUAAUCUACUGUGUUUCCAAUCGCCAGGUGAGGGAUGAAGUUCGGAAAUGGUUCAUCAAGUCAAGAACAUACUCAACCAGCAACACUUCAGAUGUUCAAAUGAGUUCUCUCGAGACUAACACAUCGUAACCCUCCUGAGGACUCCAGAGGUGACAGCGAUAAGACCUUCCUUGGUUUGUGUGUCUGUGUCUCUAUCUCUGUCUGUCUGUGAGUACAGCGUGUGCAUUGUUUAAAAAGUUGGCUUUGUUUUUUGUUAGCUUUUCAAGCUUUGCCAGGCAAGUUAUUUUGUUU